AUGAUUGGUUCAUCACCUAAAAGGUCCGGUGGCUCACGCCCGGAUCCUCCGGUUUGCGUGGUUAAUGCUACUUCUACGUCCGAGCGUAGUGCGGAAGAUGAGAUAAUUUGGUUUAAGACUUUGGUUUAUAGCAAGUAUACUUUCCUUGGUCGUUCUACUCCUCUUUCACGCCCUAGUAUUGAAGAGGAGUUUCAUUUGUUACAGGGUGUUCAGCCCUUAAUUUGUAAAUGGCAUGGUCGUUUACUUGAAGCUGUGGAUGGUGGUGUCGCUACUGCUAGAGGUUUGGAGACUAUAUGUUCCGAGUUCACUGCGGAACUUGAUAACCUGUUUUGGUUGCGUCCUUUAUGUGAGGUUGUAGAGUGUCAUCCGUCUGCUGAUAAAUCUGAUGUAACCACCGAUGACUCUGCGACUCCACAGUCGGAAGAGUAUACCGAAUCGGCUGACGGCAGUGUGCGUUGUGUCUCUUCCGAGUAUGAUUGGGAGAAGCGUAUAUUGGAGCAGGCAUUUACUCAAGUUGCGAAUCGUUUAUCGCAUAAUUUUAAGGCACUUGCAAGCCGUUUCGAUAAACGUUUUUAUGAUUGCUUUCUGUACUGCAAAGAUGGUGAUAGUGUCAGUGUUGUUGACAAUGAUGAGUUUCCUUUGCGUAUUGAUGCAGAGGAGCUUCUGCGAUUCUGGAAAGAUUUUAGGUCCACUGACACUGUUAGCGAUAGCAUUCGUCGCUACCGAGGUGAAUGUCGUUCUAAGCUUUCACAGUGGCACAAUGUCGAUACUAGGUCUGUGUGUCCUGGCGGUGAUUCUGCCUCUGACCCUCAGCCGUCUGUUAAACUACCUCUUAGCUUCGAAAGUAUGAUUGUAUCGCUUCGAUCGAAGGUUGCUAGGGAUUCUAUUUUGCUGACUAUGGGUCUGUGGAGUAUAGAGAGUCGUCGCACUGGGUAUAUUAGUAAACAAUUGAUAGGUCACCUGAGGGAUAUCCAGGAUGACGUCUUGCGUUGUAGUUGCGAUUAUAGCAAGUGGGUGAGGCUCUUGAUAGCGAGUGACCCUUUUCCUAAUAUCGGUAAUGAGGUGUCAGAGAGUUGUGAUACAGUUUAUCAGCAUCUGAGUGCUAUAUUGCAGCUAGCUUCUGGUAAUAAUUACCCUGACGUAUUCGAUUUGUGCAUUGACGUGAUGUUUGGUAUUGCUUUACGUCAUCCUAACCCUUGUGAAAUGUUAGAAUGUUCUUUGAAAUAUUUAAAAACGCUGUUAUUCUCAUAUCUUCCACAUCCAUGUGCGGAUGGAAAUUCAUCUCUCAUUGAUGAUGGUACUGUUUGGUUACCUCGUUUGUCAGGGUGUUUCGAGUCGUUGAUAGACUUUGAGUACCUAUCAUUGCACCAGCCUCUUUUGAUAAACGUGAAAGAGGAUAAGGAUGAUGUGUGCAAUGUUAUGUUUUCGACCUCUAUCCCUAAAUUGGGAUCUUAUGUUUUACGUGUUGACAUUGGUGUUGGCGAGGUAUCUGAUUCUUCUAAUAUUCACAAGCCUGCAACUACCUCACCUGUUUUUCGGAUCUGCGUUAAUUACAUUCGUGCUGAUUUGACAUCUGGUGGUACUGUUACAUUUGUAUCUGAUGGUCACCAUAUAAUGGUAUUUGACCGAGGUUUUGUGGUACUCGAUUUGCACUCGUUGACGGUGUACUCGUUUGAGUUUCUGUUGUCAAGCGGUACCUUGCUGGUAUACCUCAACAGUAUUCGUUUUUAUCAGCUUGACCUCUGCGAUGCGUGGAGCUUGGAUAUGUCCAAAAACGGGAGCAUCAGUGUAUCCAUAGCGAUCGAUGGAGGUUGUGUUUCUGUUGAGGAGCCUUGGACUCUGACCCCGGGUUUACGUGCCGAGUUGAUAAAACGUGAGAUUGUUUGGCAUGAUAGGUUUGCCAGUGUUCCUGUUGAAGGUGGCUGUUUGCUUGAUUCUUUGUAUGAGCGUUACCUAUUUUUUACUAGGAUUUGGUCUUGUUUACACAGCGCCAUAUCCCGCAUAUUACGUAGUUACAAAGGCCAAGCAUCUGGAUCUAAUACUUGGAGUGUCCAUUUUUUACGUUACCUUCGUUUAUUAUUUGAGCAUUUGUUUUGCAACUUGGAAUGUGUCGGUAGCAUCUGCACGUACUUUUCAACAUCUGAAUCAGUGAAUGCCGUGACUUUAUGGCGUUUAAUUGCCGAGAGUAUCUUGUCGAUGUUAUCGAUAUUACGGCUAUCACUAUCGGUUCCUACGACAACUAUCAAGUUUCCACGUGAUUUUCUUGAACUUGUGGCUACAUGUUUUGUUGGAUGCGUAAGGUUCCGUUCGAUCCUUUCUAGUUGCAACGACACUGAACGUUACCACCUUCAGUUUGAUUUGGAUAGUCUUGCCCAUGCUAUUAACAUGACCGCUAUUAGCAUCGUAUCAUCUAACCCUGAGUUGUUUACACAGAUAUUUUCAACUUUGAGACUGGAUGUCUUGGUUGAUAUCCUGGUCCAUACGGUGUCCAUAAAGACCGCUAUUUCACAAUUAUCUCGUGGAGAUAGCACUACUAUGGACGCUUUGAAGUUUUUGAGUUCUGGUGAUUGUCUUGCUAUUUUUACUAAGCGUGCGUUAUCUCCUAACAUGUCAUGUUUCUUACGUGGUGGUUUUCAUUCUGGCGGUAAUUUAGACAAUCCUUGGUGGAAUACUAUUUUGGGUUUUUUUGAAUCUGGUAAGCGUGAGUUACUGGAGAGCCGCGUAUCUCUCUAUCCUGCGGGUACGGCAUAUUGUACGUGUGAAAUAGCUCGUUAUGGUAAAACCAUGGCUACUCCAUUUUAUUCAUGUUGUUAUUGUUGCGUAAGGCUUUCAAUUGCGCCAUCUGUAAAUUUGGACCCCGAUUCAUAUGACAAUCUUGUUGCUAACGGUGAUUUUGAUUAUACAGGUCCUCAUCCUUCAAUGUUAUUAUCUCGUCUUUUAUUGAAGCAUGGUAUCCUGUUUCUAUGUUUGAACACCUCUGCAGCUUAUAAGGAUGGUUGUUUGGAUUUUUCGGAUCUCUUCAGCAGUAGUGUAUCUGAUGAUUAUCAAGGCGGUUUUGAACGUUUUUGUGACUGGCGUGGCGAUAUACUCUUUAGUCAUCCUGAUGACAAGUUGAUAAUGAAGAACGCGAUAACGUCCACUGGUAUGUUUAGCAAGGAUAAUUUGAAGAUUAUUGAAUAUAUAAUGGUCCGUUUGCUUCGUUAUAACGAGUUCGCCUAUGGUCUAUUGUCUAAUAACCUUCGUGAGGUAUCUUCUGAUAUCCCUGGUGCUUUCGGUUCGAGUUUCUACAAUUUUGUGAAUUCGCUCUCUGUAGUUGAUACUCUGAGUUACGUGGUGGAGUUGUUUGAGCACUUGACUGUGGUUGAAGGCCGGGCCUCUGUGGUCUACCGUACUCUCGUGACGAGCACGAAUUUGUUACCCUCGAUAUUGCAUCUUAUAGUAUUGAUUUGGAAAUGUAUCAAGCGUUAUGCUUCAUGUUUUGGUGCGUUGAAUUUAUGUAUGAACUUUGUAGUACUACAAUUCAAUUCACUGGUGCACUUGCUGGGUAACAUGAUUACCUAUCUUUUCAACCACUGCAAAUCCUACAGCAAGCAAUACUUGAUGUACGUUUUCCAAUUAGAUUCUCUAUCCGAUAGGUUAUUGAUUAUGGAGGGUCUUGAUGAGAAACGUGGUCUCAAUUUGCCUCAAUGGUUACUGCACGGUGUUUGGUUUGAAUUUGACAACACUUGUACAUUGCAGUCAAGUUUGAAACGUCUAGUAACCCUUUUACAAAACUUCAAAUAUGAUACCGGUUGCUUAAGUUUCACUGACAAUUUUAUACCAGGUCGUCAGGCUCCUUGCGACGGCACGGUAUGGGCAUUAGGCAUUUUAAGUGGUGACCCUGCUUUUAUCGAGUGUCUUCGCCCUGGUUACACCGUUGUACAUCCUUCUCUAGAGAUAUGUCAAUUAAGUAUUUUGGCAGUAUUCAUUCACCUGCUUGGUGGCGACCGUAACGCGAUUGACUUUUGCCUCCGUUCAGCUUCACAGGCUGUACUCCAGUUACUACGUCAUAUUCAGCACAAACAAUCUGUAUUCACAUCUAUCUACGGUUCUGAUAAGGUUAAAGAGGUUCGUCAAAGUUAUAAAAACGAUAUUCGUACCCGUUGUUCAUGGGUUGUGAAUAACACUCAUGGAGGUAUGUUCUAUCUCAAAGCGGAUUCGGGUCAUCGUGUUUGUUACGGAUUACCAUUUUUGAAAGUUCGUGAUCCUAAUAUUGCACUUAAAAGACGUGUUUUUAAAAAACGAUGUUCUUCAAUUCCACAAUUUUUUAGGGAAUUUCCAAGUACACCUCAGGGUAUAGGCCGUGGUUCCUCCUCUCAUGCUCGUGGCCGUCGUCGUCGUCGUCGCGCCACUUUAUCGUCAUCCAGUGGUUACCGCAGUUUGAGUGUUGGUACUGGGCGUUAUAAGGAUAUCUCAGCGUGUACUGAUCAUGAACGUCUUCGUGUUGACAUUCGUCCUCAUCUGAAUGAGAUACUGAGUUUUUUGUUACAUGGCCCCUUCCUAGCUACUUGUGAAGCUGAUCUUCAGUCGGAACGUGUCUCUACAUUAUGUCGUUAUGCUAUGUGGCGUUGUAUGAACGUGUUGGCCACAUUGAUUGGUGAUAUACGUGUUGGUAGUUCCUACAAUAGGGAUCAAUGUUUCCAUACUGUCCCAUUAUUCAUGGAUAUGAUAUUAGGUCGACUUUUAGGUCGACCUCUGGUAUGUUCAGAUAGUAUCCACUGUCUAUCCCAGCAGCUGUGGUACUACAUGUUGAAGACUGCUCGAUUUAUGGUUAUACGUUCUGUGGGUGAUGGUAUAUUUUCCACCGAGAGUGUAUCACCCAAUACCCUUCGAAGUUCUUUUGACCAGGUCCUUUUAACAUGUCAGUCUUCAAUUUUGGAGAAGUUAUCUACUUGGUACCUAUCUUCUGGGAUUUGCAAUUUGGAUUUUGCAAGUUCUCAUGGUCACUAUCUACCAUCAUGGGUACGUAUGUCACUCCCUUUCUUUGCUCUUCAGUUUUCAUUGGGUUUGGAACCUAUGAACAACUCGAGAUAUGCCACUCCUAUAUUCCAACAUCUGCUAUCCACGCUUCAACCUUUACGGCUAAGCGGCAGUGGUACCACCGAGCUAAAUUCAUAUUCAAUCAAGGGCGUAGGUUCAAUUUUCGUUUUGUAUGUAUCAUACAAGAUGUUACGUCUCUGUAAUAUGUGCGUCAACGCAUUAUUCCACGUCCUAUGGUCUUCAGACUAUUCUAAACGCGAUUACGUCAAGGUUAGCAAAGGUCUACUCUAUCUUUGGGUUAAAAGGGCUUCUGAUAUGCACCCACCUAUUUAUAACCCAGAUUUACGUUUACGUUUAUUAUGGUCAUUGGGCAGUUUAGACCCCUGUACUGUUGAGAACGAUUUGGAACCUUUAGUUGGGAUUAUUCGGCGUUUGGGCCGAUACGAUACAUCUCGGGAUAGCGGUGCUACUGAUACGGGCGAGGUGAUCCUAUGGCACAUGUACCCUAGCGAACAUCAUGAUAUUGGCGAUGUGUCAUUUCUAAACAACUAUGCAUCGGCACUAUGUUCUGGUGUGGAGAUUUGUGAUGCAUCGGUCCCGAUAUACAUCAACGUGAAUAUGAACAAGGAUGUUGUGAGUCUGCCUCCUGUUGAUAUGGGUGUUAUCCAGUAUCUAGGGGGUAAGGUGGAGGUUGAGAGCGCUGACGGUGUAUGGUCCCCGUUGUCCAAUGAUGAUGUCCUGAGUUCUAUCCAGCCUAUGCGUUUGCAUUUACAAUUUUUGUUGAAAGUAUUAUUAUGGACGUCAUUUUCAUCUAACCUCUAUUUACCAGGUACCGAUGUAAGUAAAUUGGACAUAUCAUGUUGUUUGUCCCGGUUAUUGCUCCUUUCACUACGUGACGCUUCUUCAAUGUUGGCAUAUUUCAAUGCCAGAUGUGAUUGUAGCACGUCUGAGGAUAUCACUGAUGUGCAGAUUCCAUUCCGUUAUAUCCCGAGUCACAUAGAUUGUGAGCCUACAUCUACUUCUGAGGGGAUAUCUCUAUCCUGUAGUAUGUGUGCUACAAAUUUAAUCUGUCGUUGCGAGAUUGAAAAUUUCUGGACAUCGGUACUCACUAUCCUGACUAAAGAAGUGGAAUCCACUAUCCAUUAUGGACUGGUUCGGUUCAUUCUAAACUGUCUGCUUACUACGUUCACAUUGGGUGAUGGUGAUAUCGAUGUUCUUUUAUGUUCCCCGAAUUUGGGGCCUGCCUUUUGCGAACUGUUUAUAUCCUGUGCCAGAAAAUUGGGCCAGGAAGCGUUACGUGAUAAGGGUAGCGUGAUAUCUACAGUUGAUACCGAUACCAGUGGCCUAUUAUCCCCUACAUUAAACGGGAUGUUUUUAUAUCGUUGGCUACCGCCUUUACAAAGGUCACCACCAGAAUGUCUCUAUGCCACCGUGUCUAGUUUGUUCCAAAGCGUCCUGAUGACACAAGGUUAUAAGAACAGGGUUGUGAUUAAAAAGGAUUCUGGUAGUGACCCUUUUUCUACACUUCCGCACUCGGAUAAUUUCGUGACACACCGUUUCUCAACAGAUUUUGAAGCGGAUAUUAGCGGACACACAUUGCAUAUAACUCGUGCUACAAAUAUGGGUGGGAUUGUAUUGUUCCGUAUACCUAUAAAUAUGGGUUCAUCAACCCCGACACAUGGAAGCGUGAACUUUUUCAUCUUAUCACCUGGACGUUUCGGGAUAACGGUAGCACCGGCAGACUGUGUCUUCGGUUCUGUAAUGGAUCUGUUCGACCGUAAUGACGUGGUAGGGUUCAUGACCUCAACAUGUUCCCCUUUUGUACAUGACGUCUUUGCUGCGACUAUAAACUAUCGUGUUGGUGAUGUCCUGUCGGCCUCGUUCAACAUAGACCAUCAAGAUGAUGGCCAGGUGUGUCUACGUACAGAGCUGCUAAUUGCUGGUAACAGUAUAGGUUCUGUACUUGAGGUGGUUUAUGACCCUGUUACACAGAUUGAUUCUAUGCGGCGUAUGAGCCUGGUGUUUAUCUUCCAAGACCCCCAGACCAUUGUGUACAACGGUUUGAACGAGAGCCCUGUGGAAGAUGGCGAACGUCUAGUGAGUCGUGAGACCCUCAGCACGUUCCGUAGCGAUACGGCAUCCGACCAGCCAGUAGAUUUGCCAAUAACCUCUGUAGAUGGGCAAAGUGAUAUGACUAUAUCCGAAGGUAUAGCUCGCCAUUCAUCGAUACGUUUAUCUUCGAAUGAUACCCCUGAUUCCCGACCUUCUGUGGAUAUACCCCGAGGUGAAACUGUUGACCAUUAUAUUGAGAGUGACCAAGGUGUAGUUCCUGGGGGCGGUUACAGGAUAACCCCUGAGGAUACAGAGGAGUAUGAAGCUGCUACAGAGAGUGUGCCUAUAAGUGAUAAGUUGGAAGAUACAUCAUGGGACGUAGAUUAUGAUAUAAAGAACCCUGAUGAAGUGGAUAGCGAAGCUUUACCUGAAGAGUUACAUCAAUUGUGUAAGGAUGAAGUUUGGACUAAAGUUGUUACACGUCGUAGCGCUAUUACCUCAGCAAAGUCUGCAGUAUUGUUCGCCGACUCUGUACAGUUAUACCAGGCAUUUCUACUGUCAAACAUACCACUAUUGAGUGGAUUGAAAGAGGAAGUUGUAGGUCAAAUGUGUCUUGUAUUUGAUAAUUUAUAUUUCAAGUUAUUAACAUCUACUAAACUUGGAGAUGAUGAAUAUAUGUCAAUUUAUGACAGUUACAGUUGGUUAUGCGUCCUUGGUUGUGACACAGGUUCCGAUGCUUGGAAGAAUAAGAAAUUUUAUAACCGUGAAACUAAGAUAGACAACGUAUCUGAUUUUAGGUUACCAUGGUUAUUAGGUUCCUCCUCUACAUCAAUGUCAUGUUGUUCAAAGUUGAAUAGUGAUAGUUGUAAAAAAAUUCUGCUAUCACUUUCACACCUGUUAUCGGUACCGAUCCUCUCAUCAUCCUUGAUGUAUGUUCGUAACAGGAAGUCCUGUCUAGACUUUGUACCAACUUUAUCGUCGUCUACAGGAUCAUCGGAUACCCCUUUGUUAAUCGCAUUAGGUCACGCCGCCCUUUUAUGUUGCGUUUUACUUUCACGAGUGUUAUGCGAAAAGGGUUAUGUUUUCAAUGCUAGCGACCCUUCGAGCUCCGAUGUAACCUGUAUAGACCAAUUGAUGACGAUUAUAGUCAAGUUUCUAUCGAUACCGGACAUGAAUGAAUUGAAAAUAUCCAAAGAUCGUGUAUUAACACUAUUGGAUCUUUUGGGUAUUGAUGCUUGUGAAGUGGAGGAGGAACAGGAACAAUGUUCCAUGGCUCUAUAUAGUAAUAUAAGUUUAUCUAGAAAGGAUAUAAAUUCAUUAAAGUCUGUCACUUGUACCGGUCGUUCAUUUUCACCUCGUGAAUCUACAGAAACUGUAUCAUUAGAUCAUUUUUGGGGGUACCUGUACGACUCGGUGCAUACUAAACACUAUAGAGCCCCGCCUGUCCAAUCUAUAGAUGGUCGCAAACUCCAGGAAUUGGUUCCAAACCCCAAAAUGUUUUCUACAUGCGAUUCUUACUACCACAGCAGUGCCAGGGUACCAGCAGCCAAUCGUCAUAUAUUACGUCGAACUUUAAGACCGAAUAUUGUGGAACAUGAUGUAUAUGACCUAUGCUCAGUGUUGAUCACGUUAUCUCCGGGUUACUUCCUAGAUCGAUUGUUACAUUUUGAGCAUGAUAAGGGGCUACAGAUAUUCCGUGCAACAGUGAUCCAUUUUCUACGUUGCUAUGAUUUCAAUGGCAUGGACUAUUGGUAUUGGGGUUACAUGGCUGGCGAGGUCUCGGUAUCAACUAUGGACCAAUAUUCAUUGAGUGUCGAUCCCCUAUACUCUUGGCAACGCCUGUUCUAUAUGGAACCUAAUAGCACCAGGAUGAACACACUGCUGAACAUUCUCUUUACCGAAUUGCUAUAUUCAAUCGCCAUGGUUAUACACGACCAGCAUAGCUACCAUGGCCUAAGUCAUGUUGUCCAUUGGAUCCUAGAUGUUUUUUUGAGACACCCGCUAUGCAAUGGGUCCAUAAGGAACCGGUUCAUUAACAAAUAUAUAUGGUCCGUUCUACACAUGAUGCUGGUAAACUGUUCCGCGUUACCAUGUAAACUUGCUGUAGUUACAUGUCGGAUAUCUACAUGGAUGAUAGAGAGCUCACCUCCAGAUGAACUUCAGGAUAUCUUCAUGACUACACAAUAUUGUGCUACUAGUGUACUCCAUCGAAUCUCUGGGCUAUGCAAAUAUUAUAACAUCGCGGAAAUGGACUCCUUUACUAAUAUGGAAAUAAAACGACAGGAUCAUACUAUUAAACUUGCAAGUGCAAUAUUGCUACACUUGUUCGCAUCGACACUCUCGCUAUUACUCGAGAAAGAUUGCGGGCCGGUGUUUGAACCAGACGAUAUGUUUAGCAUUGCGCAAUACAUAUUGAUUGCUAAACAUGGUUCAGCGUAUUCCCAGAAGUUCAUACGGUAUAUGUUGGGAAUAUCUCAAAAUUUCUCUAUACAAGCGAGAAUUUCACCAAAAUAUAGGGUACGUAAUAUCGAAAUCUUGAUGACCAAAGUGUUUAUCACUUCUUCACGGUCCAAGAGCCUCUCUCUUCGAAUUGGUAUAACAAGACCUGCAAGGAUAGUUGUAUGCUCAGAUCGUAAUUGUAGACGUAUAAUCUCAGAGAGUAUGUUCUAUCCAGAUCUAUAUCUACCCCUGUUUAACGAAACAUUGGUCUAUAUUGAUAAAGGGGAAAAACUGGAGUUCAAUCUUUUGCGUCAAAGAUGUUCUAUACCAGCUCUCUCGGUAUCUAGGGAUAUGGAUAAUAUAUCAAAAGAUGCUAAUUUACGUAUUGGGUUUUUCACUGCUGGUGUUAGAGAGGUAUGUUCACCUUCAACUAAGGUACAUUUUCAUGAUGGAUUUUUAUAUAUCGAGGUUGGACCUGAACCUGAAAUAUCACAAGUAGUAGUACGUAACGAAGUAAUUUGGAGAUAUGGAAACACUACAGUAUGUCUAACUCUACCAACAUCAGUCGAACUUCUAAGGCCAUACGUUGCAAUAUCACACCCAAAUGAUAAAGGUUACACGGAACAGGUCCUGGUCUCUCGUAAUAGGAUAUCGGUACCAGUAAGCUCAUUCUGUUAUUACAUAGAUGACCCGCCGUUAGUGAAGAUGGAUAGACUUAAAAAUUGUAUAAGAAAAAUGCCAAAGUUCCGUUCAGGGAUCGGUAUGAGUGAUAUCCCAGUCCCACCAACAGCUCAUGAUAAUAUCUUAUUGGAUGGAUAUAGCAGCUCAGGGAUAGUGGAUCUAAUAGAUAUAGUUGAUAUGUGUGACAUUUGCUCACACAUGGCGCUGCCGUUCAUUGUUUCUGUAAAAAUACAGUCAUCAAGCCCAUAUGUAUAUGUAGGUAUCGAAUGGUUUGGGCUCAGGUUCCUAUGGUAUGCCGAUGGUACGGUACAAUGCCCUAUAGAUCCACCUCUAUUCAGGUUAACAUCAAUAAGGAAAUCUCGGGUAUCCAUAUCAGGGGUUGGAUACACAAAGGGUGACCUCGUUGCUUUACAAUUUGUACCUGAAAAAUGUGCACUAUAUUUCAUUCUGAAUAAUAAGGUUACCAUGGUUUUAGAUUUCCAAAGAUUCUAUAAAUCAUGCAGGUUCAACGAUACUCUAACAAAUUUGGAUGGAGAUAUACCAAGUUUCGGGGAUAUCACUCUAGCAGUUUUGCAUGCCCGGCUCUUCAGCGCAAUCAUCAACGAUGACAUAUCCACAGUGAAGCAAGUGGUACACUUUAUCAUGGGUACUUCCAUGGAACCUAAAAUCGCUAUUACACUCCUGGAAACACCGCUAUCGGAAACGCAACCGCCUGAUGCACCGAUGAAAGCAUAUAACCAUUACAAUGCGAUAUAUAUAUGCUGCUUAUUAAACAGGUAUGAUAUUUUAAGAUGCCUAGCGAUGGUACAAAAUAUAAAUUUCGAUCGACCUAGCGGGUCAAUGUCAGAAACACCUUUAAUGGCAGCAGCAAGGAACGGGUCUAAUGAUACAAUACCAUUCCUAUUAACAAUCGCUGGUGUAGAUGUUAAUGCUAAAGAUUGCUUUGGAAAUACUGCACUUAUGUACGCUUUAAUGGACUCAGGGCACCAUUCGUUCAUUUCAAGGAGCCAGGCUGUAAUGGAAACCGUUGAUAUAUUAAUAGCAUUUGGAGCUGAUGUGCUAGCACGGAACAAUGCAGGGUCCACGGUACUAGACCUGCUCCCGUCAUGUUACAAUGACCUGCAACAGGUAUGCAGAUACGUUAUCGAACAGUACAAUAUACAACAAGCAUUUAGACCGGAAUACUACCAUUUCCAUUAUGCUUGGCCAGGUCUACUAAGUGGUAGCGAGUUCAUAUUCGGCAUCGGUAACUUUAACACUAUAUCUGAACCGGGUAUUGUAGAAAUACAAAGCAUAAUCAUUGACGGCCGGGAAAUUUUGAUACAAGAUGGGGAAUCACAGAAAACAGAUUUUGGUGAACACACUACACUAUCAUGGAACUGUAACUUGGAAUAUCUAGAGUCUAUUAUGGAAAAAAUUAGGUUGGCGAUAUUGAAAGUGGCGUCCAAAAUACCAUCGGUUGAAUCUUCAGAUAUUAGGUUCCUAACUUCAACAGUAAGGUUUAAUCAACAUGUUAGUAUGGGUGAUGAGGUCAAGAUUAUUUUGCAAGGGUUUGUACAUGACCUGCAAUUAUAUUACGAAUGGACAAAGUCAACAGUACUAUCAAAGUUCGUUAAACUUGCUACAGAGUUUUGUGACCAUAUUUUGAAGUUAAGAAAUAAUAGCGAUGUGGUUAUGAGCGUUAUGAACUUUGUAAGAGUACUGAGUGAAUCCCAGGCGUUCCCAUCGUUGACCUUUUCACCAUCAGCAACGCUACAUUCAUAUUCUAAAGUGUUACAGGGAACAAAUCUACUCCAGUGUAACUACUCCCUAUACCCAGAUGACUACCUAGCUAUCUCAACUUUCGAUCGUUUGUCUGGGUACCUGGAUGCAUUUAAAAAUCAAGGUCCGACACUUUGGGAUUUCAGCAGCUACGAUCUCCCACAGUUCUCCAAAGAGACCAUGGAUAUUGAUAUAAGAAGUGAUACCUACCCCUUCGAUCGUUUGAGGUUAUCCUUGAACAGGGAAGUCACUAAGGACCUGGACCUUGCAAUACAUUGCAUUGUGGACCUGCUGACCAACACAGCGGGGGCCAAACAAAAUAUAGCAGCUAUGGUAAUGCAAUGCAAUUCAAGGUAUGACCUACAGAGUAGGCUACCGCCACAAGAUUCACCGUUAUGGAACGGGAUAUACGUGACAUUAGAAGGGCUAUUGGAUGCAGUAACUCGACUUAAGAAUAUUUUAACAAACUGCCUAUCUAAAGAACAUAUGGAUGAAGUUGACCUGUUUAUGUUGUUGCAACAUCUGGCAGCAGCUGUGGAUGAUAUCGCUUUGAAGGAUUUGAUUUUGACAUCCACCGCUGGAUCAAGUGCCGCAGCUAAACUAAGGGCAGUAGUAGAAAAGAUGGGUAUUGGCGAUGUUAUAGCAACCUCGGAUGAUGGAGAAAUGCGUAUCACCAAUUAUUCAAGGAUGAACGAAGAAUCAUCUCCAACAAGGAAUUCUGAUUUCUUGUCACAUUGGUCCUACGAAGCAGGAAAUUCGGUAAUAGCCGCAUUCUGCUACAUACUUAUUAGUGAUAGGAUAUUGUUUCUAGAUCAUGUCAAUGCCACAUUCAAGGUAUUGGCACCGAUCAUAGGCACCGUGCUCAACCAAACCCUGGUAGAAUACCUGCCACUCGAUCACCAACUGCUGCAGCCAUAUGAAGAUUUCAUAAACACACCGCCAUGCUGGAGCUCAAAAACUCUUAUUAUGAAAAAUAAUAGACAGGAUAGAGAUAAGCAUACAGGGACACUCAACGAAUAUGGUAUUUGUCUAGGACCACCUCAAUUACCUGUACACUGGAGCACAUAUCUCGGGAACCGGUGUUUAAUCAGACGCUCUAUUGUCAACGAUAUGUAUAGCAAGAUUUUCUUGGCGCUACAGAGCCUCAAUAGAGAAAGACCAUAUUUCUCAAUAAGGGUAGAUCGUGGGAUUGCAGCAACGGCAUCUGCUCUCAAACAUACACUGUGGUUCCAAAGUUCGGCACAAAUUUUAAAUUGCAAUGCCAAUAUACUACGAUCACGUAGUAACCAGAGACCUUUUAUGGUGGUAUUCCGAGGCGAAGGUGCUACCGACUUUGGAGGACCGUUCCAGGAGUUACUAAGUUGUAUUUCCAACGAGGUAAUGGCCGCUGUCAAUGCGGAUACCAUAUCCACAAAUAACGGGGAAUAUGGAUGUGUAAAAUGCCCGAAUGCAAGCAAUUCUUACGGGAUGUUCCAGGAUACAGUUAUACCCAAGUUUGGAUCAGAGAUACAUCCAAUGCUACUUAGGAUACAAACUACCGCAAACGAGCCUUUUAAGUACCGCGUAAGGUGCGGCGACCUUGGAGUAUGCUGCCCAUCAGGAUGUUGUAUGGCACCAGAUCCAAUAUCAAUACAGGGGGAAGCGUGUAAUAGAAUUGAUUGGACCCGUUGUCAAUGUGGCGGGGGCGAGGACAAUGGUGAACACUGUAUGCAGGGGUUACCCAUGGAGUUGCCGAUGUACGAAUCGUUGGGUCGUCUAUUCGCCAUGUGUGUAUGCAUGAUGAACCCACUCAACGUUGCUUUGAACCCAAUAGUGUGGAAAAAGAUACUCGCGGUUAACCUUAGUCUCAAGGAUCUAUCGGACUAUGACAAAAUGUCUAGCGACCUUUUGUACAAACUAAGGCAAACUGAAGAACGACAACAAUUGUUAAGUGACCUCACUUUCAGUUUGGAAUCGAUUGAUGGAAGUACUCUUGAUUUGUUAUUAGAUGGGCAGAAUAUAAACGUUACAGAAGAUAAUGUAGACCUGUUUGUACGCCUUGCAACAUAUGCCAGAUUGACACAUUGUGACGUUGCUUGCACCUGGAUGGUAAGAGGGUUCAAUGCAGUAUUGCCCAUAGGCCGGUUCCGCAUGUUACUGGACUACAAAUUACUAGAGUUCAUGAUAUGCGGAGAUCCACAUAUCGAUCUGGAGGUUCUGAGAGCACAUACAGUUUCAACGUCAAUACAGCUGAAACGGGAUCUGUUUGAUGUACUAGUGAAUUUCGAUAACACACUACUACAGCUAUUCCUACGCUUUGUAAGCGGAAGAUCUAGGCUACCUCCAGCACAGUUUGAAUGGAGCAUGUAUGUCGAGUAUGAACAACAAAGGGACGAUGAUGAAGACACUGAUAGCCGUCUUCCAACAUCAGCAACAUGUAGUUUCAGGCUACUGCUACCCAAGUAUUCUAGCAAAGAAAUUAUGUAUCAGCGACUGUCUUAUGCCGUAAGACACUGCAUGGCCAUCGAUCUAGAUGCGUACCAGGUACAUGAUGAUAUGCAGAUCAACCCUUGA